AUGGGCUCGCCGCCAUCCCCGCCGCCUCUCCCGCGGGCCGCCGCGCUGCUGCUGGCGACGUCGCUGCUGCUGCUGGCGGUCCCGGGGGGAUUGCGCGCCGCUCCGGAGGAAGAGCCCGGCAGGAAGAAGGAGCCACCACCGCCACCCCCGGCGGCGCAAGGAGCCGAAUCGCGGGCUGAGAAGGGUUCCUCGCCAGUUGCUCCAGUUCACGUUGUCAAUGAAGAGUCGGCUGACAAGACUAAUUUGGGCUUUAUUCAUGCAUUUGUGGCUGCUAUAUCGGUCAUCAUUGUAUCAGAACUCGGGGAUAAGACCUUCUUCAUUGCAGCCAUCAUGGCAAUGCGGUACAACCGUUUGACUGUACUGGCUGGUGCUAUGCUUGCCUUGGGACUGAUGACAUGUUUAUCAGUUUUGUUUGGCUAUGCCACUACAGUUAUUCCUCGUGUGUACACAUACUAUGUGUCAACGGCACUGUUUGCAAUUUUUGGCAUCCGAAUGCUUCGGGAAGGCUUGAAAAUGAGUCCAGAUGAGGGUCAGGAAGAGCUGGAGGAAGUUCAAGCAGAAAUUAAAAAAAAAGACGAGGAACUUCAGAGAACUAAACUGUUAAAUGGGCCAGGAGAUGUGGAAUCAGGGCCAGGCACCACUAUACCUCAGAAGAAGUGGCUACACUUUAUUUCUCCAAUCUUUGUUCAAGCUUUUACUUUAACGUUUUUAGCAGAAUGGGGUGAUCGUUCCCAAUUAACAACCAUAGUCUUGGCCGCCAGAGAGGACCCCUAUGGUGUGGCGGUAGGAGGAACAGUGGGACAUUGCCUAUGCACUGGUUUAGCAGUUAUUGGAGGGAGAAUGAUAGCACAAAAAAUUUCUGUUAGGACUGUGACAAUCAUAGGAGGCAUUGUCUUCUUAGCAUUUGCAUUUUCUGCACUAUUUAUAAGUCCAGACUCUGGUUUUUAAAAUUUUUCAUCACUGCAAAAGAACAAGGAUUGGAAGCAUCAAGCAGCUAUCCUUGUGCAUUUUUGUAUAUAAUGUACAGAAUUAUAGUUAAGCACUGAAGAUGAGACGCUGAACUUUUUAUAGCGAAUGAUUCGUGGGACUGACACACUUUCAGACAGCUUCUGCAGUGGAGAUCUGCUUAUUGUCUGGUUUGUUUAGUCUGUGGUGCCUGCUCCCUUGGUGGGAUUUGCGUGGUUUUCUUGCUUGCUGGACCUGGCUCAGCUGAGUUUUGAGGAUCUACUCUCAUAAGUAUUGAGGCUUUCUCUUUUCCUCUGUUACACAUGGCCAGCUUUCCUGUUUCUUCAAGAACUGAUUCUUAAGGCUUCUCGAAGCAGACUGUGUCUUGUUCCAUGUUGCUCAACAGAAGGUGUUAAGGCGGAAACUGCUGGCUCCCACCUCCAAGGACUUUGGUUCCCGGGUGCACCCAAGGCUGGAUAAUCUAAGCAACAAGAAACCUGGGAGCAGUUCCUAUACCAUCGAGUGGCUGAGCCACCGACAGAAUUUUAUAAACUUAAUUUAGAGGGAAAACUUCUUAAUCAGGGAUUUUUAUCAGGAAACUGAUGUGUGGUGAUUAACAGCCUACCAUGUUCAAUAUGCAAUCUGUCUGGAGCUAGUAUUAUUUGAUUUUUCUUUUUUUUUUUUUUUUAUUUUGAAAUAUUAAAGUAUAUGGAAAGUAAUAAAAUGGUCCAACUUAACAAUGUUCCAUUCCCAGGAUUGAACAAUAAUGGAAUUCUUAGAUUUAGAUGUGUUCCUGUGUUUCUUUUUAGGAAUAGAAAUGUAAUCUGGAAGAGUAUUAAUAAAACAUAGUGUCUCCAUUUGA